UGCCCUCCACGCUCAGAAGGUUGCCUUGCCUGCCACCAUGAAGUCGCUGUCCAUUCUGCUUGUCCUGGUAGCCGCAGUCGCUGCUGAUAAGAUUCCAGAUUUUGUGGUCCAAGGCCAGUGUCAGCCUGUUGAAGAGAGCAAGCUGUGGGCUGAGCAAGUUCCAAACCACGCCAACUACGCAGGUGUCUGGUAUCAGUUCGCCCUCACCAACAACCCAUACCAGCUCAUCGAUAAAUGUGUCCGCAACGAAUAUUCCUUCGAUGGAAAACAGUUUGAAAUCACGUCGACUGGCGUGACUACUGAUGGCAGCUUGUUGAAGCGACAAGGAAAGGCCUAUCCCAGCCCUCUGGGUGAUCCUCAUCUCACCAUUGACUACGAGAACUCCUGGGCGGCUCCCUACGUUAUCCUGGACACUGACUACACUAACUUCGCCUGCAUAUACUCCUGCCACAGCUACAACUUCGAUUAUUACUCAGACUUUGCUUUCAUCUUCACUCGCUCCCCAAGUCUGGCAGACAAGUUCGUGAAGCGGUGCGAAGCUGCCUUCAAGAGCAUCAAUGUUGACACUUCCCGCUUUAUCAAGACUGUCCAAGGAAGUUCCUGCAAUUAUGAUGUACAGAAGACUCUCUAAAUGACUUUAUCACAGUGGUAGAGUGGAUCAUUAAGAUGUAAUGCUUGAUCUUAAUGAGAUGCCAGUGAUUGUUUUGUCUAUUGAUUCACAACACUGGACAUGAAAAUAGCGUGAGUCUUGUUGGAUGAGAUGAACAAUGAGUGUGUACAUAAUUCUUGAUAGCGCAUUUAUAUCGUAUAUAUUGUAUAUAUACACGUACAUGUAUAUUUUUUCUUAAUUUGUGACCUCAGAAUGAUGCUCUGAUAUAUUUUCAAAUAUCAGGUUAAAUUUUUAAUGCAGACAAUAACAAAUAAAACGUAUUUCUAUC